GACUACAAACUCUGAGUCACGUGACCCAGGUCCCAUCCUCGCCAUUUUGCAAUGUGGGCAACGGAGGCUACUUUUCUAUUUUUUAUGACUGGUGAAUAAAACUAACGUGAGCAGUUGCAUGUUUGGAGGACAAAGAGGGCGGUGACCCGGUCAUGGAGGACAACAGCGUUGCCGUGCUCAUCGCUGCCGCCGCCGCCUCUUCCUCGGCUGCGCCUUUGUCCGAACCCCAUGAGCUGGGGCGCGUCGCGGACGCCCCCGAGCGCAAGGCGGACACCGACUCGCUCAUCCAGGUCAUCGAGAAGCUGAGUAAAAUUGUGGAGAAGCGGCCCCAGCGCCGCUGCACCCUGACAGGACACAAGAGGGGCCAGCCGAGAGGAGGAGGAGGAGGCUCUCCUCACAAGAAGCUGAGUGUGGAACACGAGCAUGGUGACCUCAACAACAAUAACAGCAGCAGCAGCAGCCCUUGUGAGCUCCAGCGCUCGGCAACAUGCUACCAAUGCAGCCUAUGUCCGUAUCUGUCGCCCACGCUUCCGCUGCUCAAGGAGCACCUGAAGCAGCACAACGAACACAACCAGGACCUCAUCCUCAUGUGCUCCGAGUGCUGCUUCAGCUCCCGAGACCAAGCGCAGCUGGAGGAGCACGUCGGGAUGCACCUGGAGAACAGCGCGGACGCCAAGGAGGGCCAAGACGGCGCCCAGAGGGACGCCGACCCGGCGGGCUCGGAGUGCCAGUGCGACGGCGAGCAACAGCAGGGGCAGCCGCAGAAAAAGAAGUGGUACGUUUUCGAGGAGUACGGCCUGUACCGCUGCCUGAUCUGCAGCUACGUGUGCAGCCAACAGCGCAUGCUCAAGACGCACGCUUGGAAGCACGCCGGACUGCUCGACUGCUCCUACCCCGUUUUCGAAGAGGACGAAGCUACCUCGCUGAUAGCGGCGCCCGCCAGCUGUGAGGCGGACUCCGCCACCUUCAAACCGCGCGUGCCACUUCCGGACGGCGAAUCAAGUCCGCCUCACGUCACCAAAGAAGAGCAGGGCCAGUUCGCUGUCGAGGAUCGGAGCCCCGAGGAAUCUGAGUUGGAGGUGCACGUCGCCGCGGAGGCGGAGACGCCGUCUGCGGACGACAGCUUGCUGACGUCGGCGCAAAAGAUCAUCAACAGCAACCCUAACAGCGCGGGACACAUCAACGUGAUCGUCGAGCGCCUGCCCACUGCCGAGGACGCCGUUAUCGCCACCGCGCCGUUGCUGCUCGACCAGGAAGCGGAUGCCGCUCAAAGUUUAUUGGAGGUCAAAGAAGAGGUGGAGGGGGUGCGCACGCCAGGCGGAGACUUCCCUCCGGACGAGAACGUUCCGCCGGCCGGACGCAAGAGGACGCACUCGGAAUCGCUUCGUCUUCACUCGCUGGCCGCGGAAGUCCUGGUCGCCCUGCCCACGAGGACGCCCGAGUUCAAACUCGAGACCUCGUCCGUGGCGGAGCAUCGCCAGGGCGGGAACGAGGAGCCACGCAAGAAUCCCGAAGGCCCCGCCGCCAACGCCGGCAUCAGCUCUUCUCUGCUCACCGUCAUCGAGCGUCUCCGCGAGCGUUCGGACCAGAACGCCUCGGACGAGGACAUCCUCAAGGAGCUGCAGGACAACGCCAACGCCGCCCCCGAGUGCCCGGGCGGGCCUCCCGACGGGAGUAUGGUGGACUACGUGGCCGGCAGCGAGCGGCCGUACCGCUGCCGCCUGUGUCGCUACAGCAGCGGCAACAAGGGCUACAUCAAGCAGCACCUGCGCGUGCACCGCCACAGGCAACCCUACCAGUGUCCCAUCUGCGAGCACAUUGCCGCCGACAGCCGGGACCUGGAGACGCACAUGAUCCACCACUGCAAGACCAGGACGUACCAGUGCAAGACCUGCACGCACGCCUUCCACUACAAGAGUCAGUUGAGAAGUCACGAGCGGGAGCAUCACAGCUUGGUCAGCGCCGACGCAUCAGCGCUGGCGGCCGUGGAUGAAACGGCCGCCGCGUCAGAGGAAGCUGAGCGCGACCCGGACGAAGAAGGCGGCCUUCAGAAGACGUUCAAGUGCGACGUGUGCAACUACACCAGCGCGACAUAUGUAGGCGUCAGGAACCACAGACGCAUACACAACUCGGACAAACCUUACCGGUGCUGCAACUGCGACUUUGCCACCACCAACAUGAACAGCCUGAAGAGUCACAUGAGGAGGCACCCUCAGGAGCAGCAGGCCGUGCAGCUCCUCGAGCAGUACAGGUGCUCGCUUUGCGGCUACGUGUGCAGCCACCCGCCCUCCCUCAAGUCGCACAUGUGGAAGCACGCCGGGGACCAGAACUACAACUACGAGCAGGUCAACAAGGCCAUCAACGAGGCCAUCUCGCAGAGCGGCCGAAUUCCCGUGCCGUCGUCUACGGGACUAGAGUCUCUGACACCGUCCUCGCAGGACAGCAACAACGUCCCGGCCGAGCCCUCUCCGGAACCUCCCUCUGCGCUCCCCAAAAGCGGCUCUGAGCCCUCGCCCCCGACUCCUCAAGGGAGCCCAAUGGCCCCGGUCCCUACCCAUCCGCGCGGUGGCGGGGUGGAGUACUGCGUGCUGCUCUUCUGCUGCUGUAUCUGCGGCCUGGAGUCGACCAGUAAGGAUCGACUGAUGGAACACAUGAAGGAGCACGAAGGUGACCUCAUCAGCAUCAUACUCAAUAAUAAGGACGCGCACACGCACGCACACACGCAGGCAGCACAGUGAACGACCUCCAGGAAUUGACUCGAAUAUUUCACACGCUCGUUUACCUCAAUGGUCGCGCUUAUCCCGUUAAUCGUCUCAACCAGCUUCACAGAGCAAUAGUCCAAUGUACAGUCCACCAAGGCCAACCAAGCACAAUUUGGAUCACAUUCACAAUUAUAUUCCUGUAGUUUCUUUUUUUUCCCCCCCUCCUUUAAUUUCAACUAAGCUUGUCACUUCAACUCCUAUACAGCAGCAGGAGGGCAGGGCAAAGCAAAAGUUGCUAAACUAGUCAAAUGAGCAUCCCUGUCAGACAGAAAGUGCCGCAUGUCCCUUUCAUAUGGCCCUCCCCAAAUUCACACCUCAUGUCGUUGGCGGAGACAACAGAAAAAAGGACUCGAAACCUAUUUCCAGCCAUGUGGUGAUGGAGCGCUGGUCCAAGUUCAUACCUCAUCCAAACAAAAACCAUGCUGGUGAAAGGCAGCUGGGUUUUUUAAUUUUUAUUUUUUUCAAUUCAGCUACUGUCAUAUUUAAUGUUUAUUUAAUAAAAUGUGUAGAAACUCGAUCACGGCUUGAGUUCACACGUAUUUAUCCGUUAGUUUGUUCGCAUGAUUGUUCCACGACACUUUGAAAAGAAAAAGUGGAUUCUUUUGAGUGAAUUUGUAUGCCGCGCGAGUUAAAAACAGCUAACGUUUCAUUUUCAGAAUGGGGGAAAAGGGACUUGAACAAAGGAAAUCUGCUUUUUAAUUUUCCCGGCCGGAAUGGUGCCUACAAACACAAAUGUCAAACAGUGUCAACUGUUUUUUUUAGCGUGUAUGCAUAUAUAGUGGCCCCUUACAUGUAUGUUCUAUUUUUAUAUGUAAUCUUUUUGUUCACUAUUUUAAAGACUUUCUAACUUAAAAAAGAAAACUGCUGUGUCCACCAACGCCCAGGUGACAAUAAAACGUGUCCUGCCACAGCA